AUGUACAACAAUGUUAAAACAAUCCAAGGCUUGAAAGGAAAAGGACCGACGCUUGGAGGGGAGAAGCUGGGAUUAAACCCUUUAUGUGGGUACCCAGAAGACUUGAGCAUUGCCGACAUAAAAAAGAUCCUUGAUGACUGCCCUUCGGUUGAAGAACUUGUGAGAAAGUAUCCCGUAGAAGGCAACUUUCUCGCGGAUCGAGGCUACUUGACUUAUUCUGCCUUUGCCGAGGCGAACAAGAACAACAAUCCACUCACCGUUCGUGCUAUCUUCGAUACUCUUAAUACUUCGACAGACGUUUGCAACCCAGAGACAGCACAAGAAAAGCUGGAUUCUUACAGAGAGAAUCCUGAUCUGAUCAAAGGCGAGCUCUUGAAAUCCAAAUUGAUUGGGUUCUCUUCCAUUUUUGUGUUGCUCUUUUUGCUCGGGCUGGCCGAUGUGAUUGCCUUUGGCCAUGCCAAGGACGGCUGGUUCCCAGAGUGGCCCGGUGCGCAGAAUUUGCCGUGGUCUCUUUUUGACGCCGAUAUCGGUUUGGGCGCUAUCCCGCAAUAUUGGGUUUCCGACGAUUAA